UGUAUAUUUGUAAACAACAGCUGGUGUACAAAAUAUAAUAGUAAGUAAGUCUCAAGGUUUUUCUCGCCUGAGGUAGAGUUCAGUAUCUCAUGAUAAGCUGUAGACCACACAAUUUACCAAGAGAGUUGUCGUCUAUAUUUUUCGUAGCUGUCUAUUUACCACCGCAAACUGAUGCUGGCACUAAGUCUGCACUCAAUGAGCUGUAUAAGGCCAUAAGCAAACAGGGAAACGCUCAUCCAGAGGCAGUGCUCCUAGUGUCCGGGGACUUUAAGACAUUGUGAAGCCAUUUCGCCAUUUUUUUUAAAGCAAAACGUUCGAUAGUUAAACAAUCUACUUAAAGUAUAGGCCAAUAGGUUUAUAUGCCCCAAUACUGUUUUUAGAAUCUUAGCCGGCCUACUCAUAUAAGGCGUGGUUAUAGGAUCAGUAGGUCCAUUGUACACACGAUUUCCUCCUCAACCGAGCCUGAAACGAAAGUGAAACAGUGGAUGCAGUGAAAUAGGACGACGCGUUUCAUACCCAAACAGUAUUCGCAUGAGAGGGGAGAAACGAUGGAUGAAUAUCCUUAUCCCAUCACUGUAGACGUCAGUUGGACAAAGUCUGUCUCUAAAGGGAUACAGAACAAACUUCAGAUUUAUUUUCAAAGUAAAAAGAAGUCGAGUGGAGGGGACUGCUUGGUGCUCUACGAGGAUCAACGUUCCACUAGAGCAACUGUUUAUUUCAAAUCUGAGGAUGUCAGGGAAAGGGUUCUAUCGAGGGAUAACCACGAAAUAACUGUAGACAAUGAAACUGUGAAGUUGCGCUUGUCAUCAUCAUCGGGGGAAAAUCUGAAAGAGGCUUGCUCUCCGUCGCUUGGUGCUACAAGCAAUGAAUUGUCAGAUGUGUCAAGUGAAGCACAGGAAGCUCCCAACUCUGAGAGUGGGCCUGGAGAGGAGGGUGGAGCUGAGGUUUUCCCUCAGAGUUCUGCUGUGGUGCUGGAGAGGGUUCCUGAGAGCAUGCCGAGAGACUUGCUGUUGUUGCUGGUGGAGACCAUCUCUGGCCUGGAGGAAGACAACUUCUCCCUGGAGGUCAUCAGUGAGACAAACAGAGCUGUUGUGACCUUCAAUAAUCCCAAAGAUGUGGAGCGUUUCCUCACUGAGAGCAAGAGCAACAAGAGUUUCCAGAAGCAGGGUAUGAUUGGCCGGUUGCUAGAGAGGUGCCAGAGUGUGAGAGUGGAGAACCUGCCCUCCAACAUACUUGAGGAUAUGCUGGAGCUCUACAUUGAGAAGUGGGCUGGCCCAGCAAAGGACAUCAUUAUGUUCCAUGAGGAACAGGCAGCCAUUGUCACCUUCCACGCAGCAGAAGUUGUGGAAACCACUCUAAAUAAACAUCAUGUAAUUGGCAAAGUCCCAGUCAACGUGUAUCCAUACUACGAGUCCUUAGGGACUGCCUUGUAUGGAAAGGAAAGGCCAAUGUGGAAGAUGCCUGACCCCUUCAUAGAGUGUGUGCAUUCUGCUGUAUGGAAAUUCCUCUCCAUGAAGAAACAGUUGUCCCCGAUCACUGACCAGAUGAAGGCUCACUUCUGUCAAGUAAACAUGGAUACUCCUGAGGUUAAACUCAGUCCUCUGCCAACCCUGCUAAGGCAGAAAGGACUAACAAGCGAAUAUGUAGACGGAUGGAAACAGAAUACCUCAAUUGUCUUCCGUGACAUCAUGACCCAAUAUGCUGUGUUUGAGUGUUUUGCAAGUGGCACAGCAUGGAAGGCAGUGGAGAAAGAAGUCCGCUCGGUGGUGAAAGAGGAUGCUGUCCUAGCUAUGGAUGCCUCCAAAGGGUCUCUGACAGUUGCAGGUCUGGCCGAAGACACGAAGCGACUCAGGGGGCUGGUGGAAGACCUCAUGCAGAGGGCCAUGAGUCGGAUAGAGAGGCAGAGGGACGGCGUCUCGGAGGAGAUGGACGUGUCCCCUGCCAUGUUCUAUAUACUGCAGCAGGAAGGACUUCGGAAGCGUGCAGCAGACGAAGCCCCAGAGAUGGGUUUUUCUUACAGAGACGACACCAAGAAGUUGGUUCUCUCAGGUCUUGUUGCAGAGGUGUACAAGGUGAAGAACUGGAUCCUCGAGAGGGAGCUCAAGAUGAAUAAGAAGCAGCUGAAGCUGGACCCUUACCUCCUGGACUUCCUGCGGUCAGUGGACAGUAUGGAGAUGUCCCAGGACCUGUUCACGUCCCGGGGCAUCAACGCUGUGUACAGAGUGGAGGGUGGAGAGGUACUUCUGACUGGCAGCUCAGACAGAGCCUUGGCUGAUGCAGAGCAGAGGAUGAAGACUGCCCUGUCCCUGCAGAGCCUUAUGGUGGAGGACCAGGAGGUGCUGAGGAAGCCUGAGUGGAAGGAUCUGAACAACCAGCUGGUGGAUGCCUACAACUCCUUAAAGAAAAGAACGGUGGUAAUAAAGCAUCACCCAGAGAGCAGAGACAGAAUCAUUGUGUCUGGCUUCCUGGACCCGGUCAGAGAGGUCAGCAACAGUCUACGGGACUUUGUUGAAAACUACUCACGAGUCAAAGAGGCUGUCCGUGUCAAGUCCUGUGCCGUGGUUAAAUUCAUCCAGGAGAACAAAUCCCAGGACUGGAAACAUUUAGCCAAGCGUGAUGAGGUGAAUGUCCACUUUGACCCCAGAAGGCCCAAAAUUGUCCUUUCUGGAGCCCGUCUCUAUGUCAAGAAGGCCAAAGAGACCUUUCAGAAGAUGGUAGCACCUUUAUGCACUGAUGAGCUCACCAUCAUGAAGCCUGGAGCAAGGAAGUACUUCCAAGAGAAGGGAAGAAUGUUUGUUUCCAUGGCAAUGAAGGAGUACUGCUGUGUGGUGCUGCUGCAGGAAGACUACAUGCUAGAGGAAGAAGAGGGCGAUGAUGAAGAUGAGGAGGAAGGGUUUGGCCCGUUAUCCUGCUGUGAGGUGAGGACAACCAAUGGAAUCCUGGUCUCUGUCAGUAAGGCUGACAUCUGCAAGUUCAAAGUGGACGCAGUAGUCAACGCAGCCAAUGAAGACCUGAAGCAUAUUGGAGGCCUGGCUUUAGCACUACUCAAGGCUGCUGGUCCACGGCUGCAGGAGCUCAGUGAUCAACAUGUCCGUAAUAACCGCCGACUGCAGCCAGGAGACGCCAUUGUGACAGAUGCAGGCAAUCUGCCCUGUAAGUAUGUGGUCCAUGCAGUUGGUCCACGGUUCACAGAAUUUGACCAGAGAACAGCCAUACAGCGUCUGAAACAAGCUGUGAAUGAGAGCCUGAGGGAGGCUGCGAAGGUUAACUGCUCAACUGUUGCCGUCCCGGCCGUCAGCUCUGGGAUAUUCGGCUUUCCUCUGGACCUGUGCACUGAGACCAUUGCUGUGGCAGUGCGUGACUACUGUGAGAACCUAAGGGGUCAGACCUCUCUGACUGAGAUUCACUUGGUGGACAACAAUGACAACACUGUGAGAGCCCUGGCCAGCGCUGUUCAGAAAACGUUCAAUGACCUGCACCCGCAGGGUGCACAUAGGGGAAGUGGACGACGGGGAAGAGGACAACAUAGUUACGGACUUCAAGGACCUGCAUAUCAGGGAAAGUGGGGACAUAGGCAAUGGGAACAUGGCGGUGGAGGUAGAGGGGGAGGAGGAGGUGGAGGUAGAGGGGGAGGAGAAGGUAGAGGAGGUGGAGGUGGAGGUAGAGGGGGAGGUAGAGCAAGACAUGGAGAUAGGGGAGGAGUUAGAGAAAGCGGAACUCAUCAUGAAAACCAAGAGGAGCAGAGGAGAGAGUAUGGCCAAGAGAGGAAGUUUGAGGGGGCAGGCAGUGGGGAAAUCCUACAGACCAAUUACACACAAGGGGGUCUGAAGAUCAUUCUAAGGAAGGGAAAUAUCCAGGAGGAAUAUUCUGAGGGCAUCGUCAACACCAUCUCUGAGGAUUUGGACCUGAGCAAAGGUGCUGUGUCCAAUGCUAUCCUAAAGGCAGCCGGUCCUGGGCUCCAAUCAGCAGCCACAGAUGAAGCUCGCUCCAACAGAUUGGCCUAUGGUGACGUUGUGGUCACCGACGGUUACAACCUGCGAUGUCAGAGGGUGAUCCAUACUGUCUGCCCCCAUUGGGACCAGGGAGCUGGCUCAGCAGAGAAGAUAUUGAUAACGAUGAUCAAAGAUUGCCUGAGUGAGGCAGAGAAGCAUAGGCUGGCAUCCCUGUCUUUCCCUGCCAUUGGAACUGGGAACAUGGGAUUCCCUAAGGGCCUGGUGUCCAAGCUUCUUCUGCAGGAGGUCAAAGACUUCAGCCAGAGAAGAAACUCCACACACCUUAAAGAGGUGGCCAUCGUGGUCCACCCCAGUGACACCCAAACUGUGGAUUGCUUUGUCAGGGAAUUCAAAGGUCAGACACAAGGGUAUACUUGGCAGAGUUCACAAGGUUCCGGCCAAUCACAACAUUCCAAAUCUUAUGUUGGCCAAUCACAACAUCCCAAAUCCUAUGUUGGCCAAUCACGGCUGCCCUCUGGCGCAGGCUUCUUUGGACAGGUGACAUCCCCUUCUCUGGGUGUGUACAGCAUGCAGAUGGGUCACAUGACUUUUGAAGUGUCAUCAGGAGACAUCACCAAAGAGACCAGUGACGUCAUUGUCAACUCCUCCAAUAAGGACUUUAACCUCAAAUCAGGUGUAUCCAAAUCCAUUUUAGAAGGAGCUGGAUUGAAGGUGGAGUUGGAGUGCUCAGAGAUUGUCAAAUCCCCAAGCUUCCAACCAUGCAGUAUGAUCGUGACAUCAGCAGGAUCUCUCCCAUGCAAAUACAUCAUGCACAUUGUGGGACAGAAUGACCCUGAGAUCAUUAAAGAGACUGUGUACAAUGUUCUCAAGAAGUGUGAGGAGCAAAAGUUCACCUCGGUGUCCUUCCCAGCGCUUGGAACAGGCCAGGGUGGAGCGAGUCCCUCUGCUGUUGCGGACGCCAUGAUUGACGCAGUGGUGGAGUUUGUGAAGAAGAAAAAGGGACAGUUAGUGAGAAGUGUUAAGAUCCUGAUAUUCCAGACUGCCAUGGUGACUGAGUUCCACAAGAGCAUGAAGAGGAGAGUGGGAGAGGAAGUGGAGGAAAAGAGCAUUUUUACCAGGAUAAAAGAUACAAUGACAACCUACUUUAUGGGACCCAGUGAUGAGCGCUCUGCCCGUGAGAACUUUGUCAUGGAGGGAGAGGAGUUUGCCCCGACCGUGUUCCAGCUGUGUGCAGAGAGCCCCCAGGCUGUGAGCCAUGCCCGAGACUGGGUUAAAAACCUCAUAGUGAAGGAGCAAACUGAGAAAACCAUCAAGAACAUGUACAUCAGCCAGCUGAGCCAGGGGGAUGUGGAGAAGUUGCAGGCCAUGCAGAGGGAGCUGACGGUCAGGAUAUGCCUGGAGAAGAAGGGCCCUGACUCCCUGAUCCGCCUGGCGGGCCUGAGCCGCGAUGUGCUUACAGCAGACGGCCUCAUCAGGGACAUGGUCCUGGACAAGGAGAGGGCAGAGUACCGCAGACAGGCAGCUUUCCUGGUGAGCAGCCUGGUGGAGUGGCAGUACCAAGACUACAGUGGGACAAUGGUGUCUUUUGACAUGUUCACCAACUACAACCUGGAGGAGGCUGUGAGAGACAACAGCAAAGUGACAAUCAAGAUCAACAAUGAGGAUUAUGAGGCAAAUGUAGCCCACAAGAGAGCUGCCAAGAUUGGGGGCAAAAGAGAAAUUGAGUUACUGAGAAAAGACCUGAAAGACGAUACAUCUGUGUCUCUACCUGCACACUGGGAUGACAUGAAGGGUUCCCUCUUAAUGCUGGUCCCACUAACUCCAGGAUCCACGGAAUACAACUACGUGGAGAAGGAAUUUCGGAAGACUUUGCUCAACAACACCAUCCUUACAAUUGAACGAGUCCAGAACGAUUCACUGUGGAAGAGCUACCAGAUAAGAAAGAACCACCUGGAGGAGAAGAACAAGCACACAAACAACGAGAAACUGCUGUUCCAUGGCACCAGUUCCGAAUCCAUCACCCAGAUCAACAACCAUGGCUUCAAUCGCAGCUACGCUGGAUCACAUGGUGCGGCUAUUGGCAAUGGAACAUACUUUGCUGUGGACUCCAGUUAUUCAGCAAGAGGCUAUUCUAAAGCUGAUGCACAAGGGAACAAGCGCAUGUACCUGGCCAGGGUUCUUGUUGGAGACUUCACUCGGGGACAAGCAGGCUUGAUCGUUCCUCCUGCCAAAGCUUCAGGGAAGGAUGCCGAUUUGUACGACAGCGUCACAGACAACACCUCCAAACCAACCAUGUUUGUGAUCUUCAAUGAUGUGCAGGCUUAUCCAGAGUUUCUCAUCAAAUUCCAGUAGAUCAUAUUUAACUGUACCUUCAUUAGUAUAUCAAUACUUCACAACAAAUUCCAUAUGUCUGUGUGAAGGGUUUUAAUGGUAUGUGGGCUAGUUUUUAUAGCCAUGUCUGAGGUUAGACAUCCUUAGAAAACUACUCUUUAUAGACAUAAAUGAUAUUGCUUAGGCCCUGGGCCCGGUUGCAUAAAAUAUCUUAAAUUAAUUUUCACCUUAUUUUCCCUUACAUUUUCCUUAAGUUUAAGUCAGUUGCACAAACAUUUUAAGGUGAAUUUCCCCCAUAAAUUAAGUGGAAAAGUUAAGGGUGCCCAUGAGGUCCCUUAAUAAGUGCUUAAUUCAGUAUGGAUAUCAAUGUAAACAGCAUUUGCGGAGGUGGAUGUUGCUUUCCUCUGCCCUGGUUUCAAAAGGAAAACCACCACCAGCUAGGUAGCUAGCUAGCUAGCUAAACAAUAGAAGCUGCACAUUCCAUGGCGACACCGCUAGCUGGCUAGCUAGCUACCAACUCUGUGUUAGCUUGACGUGAUAGAAACAAGUUGAGAAAAAAGAUACUAAAAGAAACAUGUUUUGUUAUCUUCUGAAUCAAUUUGUUUCUCCAGUCUUGCAUGUAGAAGUUCAAUUUUGUGAUCUCCCAAAAUAAAUGCAAUCUCUUUGACAAGG